GUGUGAGAGGGUGCUGGAGGCUGGUACAAAGGGAGCUGCCGCCGCUCCUGCUUCCUCCACCGGCUCAGGCUGCUCCCCGCCAUCUUCCGCCCAGCAGGCGCGGCCGGGUCAGGCCGGGCCGGAGCCGAGCUGCGCGGGGCGCGUGAGGCGAGGUGGCGCAGGCCCGGGCCCGGAGAUGAGGCCAGGAUGUCGGUGUCAGGGCUCAAGGCCGAGCUGAAGCUCCUCGAGUCCAUCUUCGACAAGGACCACGAGCGCUUCCGCAUCGUCUCCUGGAAGCUGGACGAGCUGCACUGCCAGUUCGUGCUGCUGCCGCCGCCGCCGGGGAGCAGCCCGCCGCCGCCGGCGCCGCUCACCAUCCACUGCAACAUCACGGAGUCUUAUCCCUCUUCAUCACCAAUAUGGUUUGUGGAAUCAGAUGACCCAAACCUGACUUCAGUGUUGGAGCGAUUAGAAGAUAUUAAGAAGAGCAAUACUCUGCUUCUUCAACAACUGAAGCGAUUGAUAUGUGACCUCUGCAGAUUAUACAACCUUCCUCAACAUCCAGAUGUUGAGAUGUUAGAUCAGCCAUUACCAACAGGACAGAAUGGAACAACGGAAGAAGUAACGUCAGAGGAGGAGGAGGAAGAAGAUAUGGGUGAAGACAUUGAAGACCUAGAUCACUAUGACAUGAAGGAGGAAGAGCCUGUUGAUGGAAAGAAAUCUGAGGAUGAAGGAAUUGAAAAAGAGAACCUUGCAAUUUUAGAAAAAAUCAGAAAGAAUCAAAGACAAGACCACCUAAAUGGUGCAGUGUCUGGGUCAGUCCAGGCUUCAGAUCGACUUAUGAAAGAGCUCAGGGAUAUCUACAGAUCACAGAGUUAUAAAACAGGGAUUUAUUCAGUGGAACUUGUAAAUGACAGCCUGUAUGAGUGGCACGUUAAACUUCUAAAAGUUGAUCCUGACAGCCCGUUACAUAGUGAUCUUCAGGUCUUAAAAGAAAAAGAAGGUGUAGAAUACAUUUUGCUCAACUUCUCAUUUAAGGAUAAUUUUCCUUUUGAUCCACCCUUUGUGCGAGUGGUAUCUCCUGUGCUCACGGGAGGGUAUGUCCUGGGUGGGGGUGCAUUAUGCAUGGAACUUCUUACUAAACAGGGCUGGAGUAGUGCCUAUUCAAUAGAAUCGGUCAUCAUGCAGAUCAAUGCCACUUUAGUCAAAGGAAAAGCCAGAGUACAGUUUGGAGCCAAUAAGAACCAAUAUAAUCUAGCAAGAGCACAGCAGUCCUAUAAGUCUCUAGUACAAAUACAUGAGAAAAAUGGCUGGUACACUCCUCCAAAAGAAGAUGGUUAAUAUUGUGGACUGUUGUACACCUGGACCAAUGUCAAACAGCUCUUUUUUAUUUCUUUCCAACACACACACACAGACUCAAGCUACGAGUGCCCCUAGAACAGCC